UCCCAAUGUAUCACAGAUGGGAUGGGUGUAGACUGCGAGAGUGGCCUCCGCUACCCUUCCAAGCAAUUGCCUAAUACCGUACACUGUCAGUCUCAUCUCAUGCCGCCCUUUCAUAAACCCAGACCAGAUUCUCCACAUUCCUUGACGUCCCGUGUUCGAUUCUCCACUCUCCCUUUUCUCUCUCUCGCUGUCUCUUUCUAUUUAUUUUUAUCGGUAACUAACCAUUUUAAUAACAAACUCCAACUUCUUCGUCACUCUUCUUUGUUCCUCUUUUCUCUCUCUCUCAAUCUAAAUGGCUUCCCUCCACCACUCAUCCGCUGUUAAGGCCGCCAAAGUCCUUAUGGUUGGAGCAGGUGGUAUUGGCUGCGAGUUACUCAAGACGCUAGCUCUCUCUGGUUUUCAAGAUAUUCAUAUCAUUGACAUGGAUACAAUAGAAGUCAGUAACCUUAACAGACAAUUUUUGUUCCGGCAAUCACAUGUUGGGCAGUCAAAGGCCAUGGUUGCUCGGGAUGCUGUGUUGCGAUUUAGGCCUAACAUAAGUAUUACGCCAUAUCAUGCAAAUGUGAAGGAUUCUGACUUCAAUGUGGAGUUUUUCAAACAGUUUAAUGUUGUUCUGAAUGGUCUUGACAACUUGGAAGCAAGGCGGCACGUGAACCGUCUUUGCUUGGCCGCUGAAGUUCCUUUGGUUGAAAGUGGGACUACUGGCUUCUUAGGACAGGUCACCGUACAUGCAAAGGGGAAAACUGAGUGCUAUGAGUGUCAGCCUAAACCUGCCCCAAAGACAUAUCCCGUGUGUACAAUUACUAGUACUCCAUCCAAGUUUGUUCACUGUAUAGUUUGGGCAAAGGACCUACUUUUUGCAAAGUUGUUUGGAGACAAGAAUCAGGAAAAUGAUUUAAAUGUACGGUCUAGCGAUGCUUCCAACUCACCAGAAAAUGGAGAAGAUGUAUUUGAAAGGAGAGACAAUGAAAACAUUGAGCAAUAUGGAAGGAGAAUAUACGAUCAUGUGUUUGGUUAUAACAUUGAGGUAGCUUUGUCUAAUCAGGAGACAUGGAAAAACCGUAAUAGGCCAAAACCUAUAUAUAGUAGGGAUGUUCUUCCUGGAAAACUGAAUCAUCAAAAUGGCAAUGUUGAUAAAAGCUGUGCAACUGAUGAUCUUUCAUCAGUGUCUACCAUGGCAUCUUUGGGCUUGAAGAAUCCACAGGAUGUAUGGAGCCUUGCAGAAAAUACAAGAGUUUUUCUUGAAUCUUUGAAACUAUUUUUUGCUAGUAGAGAAAAGGAGAUUGGAAACCUGAGUUUUGACAAAGAUGAUCAGUUGGCAGUGGAAUUUGUUACUGCUGCUGCAAAUAUUCGAGCUGCUUCAUUUGGGAUUCCUUUGCAUAGCCUUUUUGAAGCUAAAGGUAUUGCAGGUAAUAUUGUGCAUGCUGUGGCAACAACUAAUGCUGUUGUAGCUGGUUUAAUUGUCAUUGAAGCAAUCAAGGUGUUGAAAAAGGAUAUUGACAAUUACAGGAUGACAUAUUGUUUAGAACAUCCAUCAAAAAAGAUGCUUCUUAUGCCAGUGGAACCCUUUGAGCCUAACAAAUCAUGCUGUGUUUGUUCUAAGUCACCGCUAUCACUGGAGAUUAAUACUCAUCAUUCAAAGCUGCGGGAUUUUGUCGAGAAGAUAGUUAAAGCCGAGCUUGGCAUGAACUCCCCAAUAAUUAUGCAUGGAGUAACCCUUCUUUAUGAAGUUGGUGAUGAUCUUGAAGAAGAUAUGAUAGCAAAUUAUACUGCUAACCUGGAAAAGGUGCUAUCUGAGCUUCCUUCUUCAGUUAUUGGUGGCACAAUGCUCACAGUAGAAGAUCUUCAACAGGAGUUAACUUGCAAUAUCUAUAUCAAGCAUAGGGAAGAAUUUGACGAAGAGAAGGAACCUGAUGGAAUGGUUCUCUCUGGAUGGACACAAGCGCCUCUUGAGAAGAAGGAUGAUAACAAGAAGUUGGUUGGCAAUGGUGGGAGCACAUCAACGGCAUUGCCAACAGAGGGUCAAAAAGAAGUCGAGCUUGUUGAAAUUUCAGAAGAGACUGAGAUUUCUGGGAAGAAGAGAAAACAGCCUGGGAUUUCAGGAGAUGAAACUAAUAAUCACAAUGAAAUCCAAAAGCUUGAUGUUGUUGACGAUGGUGAAGAUGACCUUGUGAUACUUGAUCAAUGCGAUAUAGACAAGAAGAAGAAGAAAAGAUUGCAGUAGUAUUUUGCUUCAACUUUUGUUAGGGCUUCUUACAUCCUAAUUUUGUAAAAUUAGGGAGAAAUGGUGAUUCUUUGGUGCUCAUAAUUGCUAUUAGGUCGCAGCUUAGUAGUGUUUUUGGAUGAGUAGAUACCAUUAAUUGUAUCCCCAUUUCCCCUUUGUGGCUAACUGGUGUAGUAACAAUGUGCAUUCUUCCUGGCUAGCUGAGAUUAACAGAGUGGAAAGUAAAAUCAGUGUUCAAACUUGUUCGUAAUA